UCCGGUCUCAGCCUUCCAGUAUCACACCAGAGGAUUUAGGUUAUGUUAAAUAAUUUAAACAUCUCAAUCUGAACUUCAAGGUUUAAUUGUGUACAAAUCGUAUUUCGAUACUAUAUCGUAAUCGAUAAUAUCACUUGUAUUUUUUAACAUUCACUAAAAUGCCAUCUUGGAGUCAAAUUCAAUCGCAACUUCGCAAUCCGAACAAUCCUGUCGUUUUUUUCGACAUCUCUGUAGGUUCAACCGAAAUUGGUCGAAUUAUUUUUGAACUUUUUGAAGAUGUGUGCCCAAAAACAUCGGAGAACUUUCGCCAAUUUUGCACAGGAGAGCAUAGAAAAGAUGGUGUUGCUAUUGGUUACAAAGGUGCUACUUUUCAUAGAGUAAUCAAGGAUUUCAUGAUCCAGAGUGGAGAUUUUGUGAAUGGAGAUGGAACAGGAAUGACAAGUAUUUAUGGUGGUACAUUUGCCGAUGAAAAUUUUACAUUGAAGCAUGAUUCAGUUGGAUUACUUUCAAUGGCCAAUAGUGGAAAAGAUACAAAUGGAUGUCAAUUCUUCAUUACUUGUGCUAAAUGUAAUUUUCUUGAUGGAAAGCAUGUUGUGUUUGGAAAGGUUAUUGAUGGACUGUUAGUGAUAAGGAAAAUUGAAAAUGUCCCUACGGGUCCAAAUAAUAAACCCAAAAUGCCAGUUACUAUUUCUCAGUGUGGACAAAUGUAAUUUACUUGUAAACGAAAAAAGAUAUUCUUGAUAUACCUUAAAUGUGAUAGUGUUAUAUUUUUGAUAUCACAAAAAGUUUUAUUAAAAAUAUCAAAAUGUACAGAAUGUAUAAU